AUGGUGCGCUCUGCGGACAUGCUACUCGCGAUGACGCCCCGUGUACCUGCCGCGCAGGCGCUGCUGGGGCGAUGCUCUCCCACGACCUGCUCGCUCCCCCGACCUGCUCACUCCCGACCGCCUGUCCUCGUAGCCCACACCCGACACCGUCCCCAGCAGACCCAGCAGACGGCAGACAGCAGACAGCAGACACUGCACACUCGGCCGACGCUGCACACGCAGCCGACACUGCACACACUGUACACACAGCACACACUGUACACGCAGCCGACACUGUACACGCAGCCGACACUGUACACACUGCCGACACUGCAUACACUGCCGACACUGCAUACACUGCACGCACAGCAGCCUGCCGACUGCCGACAGCACCUCGGCGCACACACACACGCAGCUCGACCGUGA